CGGGGCCCCGCCGCUCCUUGGGGGGACGUCCUGUGAAAAGGGCUGGGCGUCCGGAGGCGAAAGUUAGAGCGGAAGUGAAGACAACGCGGCGACAGGCAGAGUGGCGUCCCUGGGAUGGAGCAGGUGGAAGCCCAAGAUUUUGAAAGUCACGGUAGGGAGAGUCCUGCCUCAAAGGGUCUGAAAAACCCCACCCCGCCGUGAACUUCCUGACGAAGGCAGACCUGGGGGGAAGCCCUGGGCCGCUGACUCGGAGACCCUGCCAGGGCGGGGGUGCCCUGGAAGCCGGACAGGCAGCAUGAACUCCACGCACCAGCCCGGGACGCGCACCUCUCUGCACUUUUGGAACCAUAGCAACUACCGGCUGCCCGGCAACGCCAGCGAGCCCCUGGGUAAAGGCUACUCGGACGCAGGCUGCUACGAGCAGCUGUUUGUCUCCCCCGAGGUGUUUGUGACUCUGGGUGUCAUCAGCUUACUGGAGAACAUUCUGGUGAUCGUGGCGAUCGCCAAGAACAAGAAUCUGCAUUCGCCCAUGUACUUUUUCAUCUGUAGCCUGGCUGUGGCCGACAUGCUGGUGAGCGUGUCCAAUGGCUCGGAGACCAUCGUCAUCACCCUCUUGAACAGCACCGACACGGACGCGCAGAGCUUCACCGUGAACAUUGACAACGUCAUCGACUCCGUCAUCUGCAGCUCCUUGCUGGCCUCCAUCUGCAGCCUGCUCUCCAUUGCGGUGGACAGGUACUUCACCAUCUUUUAUGCGCUCCAGUACCAUAACAUCAUGACGGUUAAGCGGGUCGGGAUCAUCCUCAGCUGUAUCUGGGCUGCGUGCACGGUCUCGGGCGUCCUGUUCAUCAUUUACUCAGACAGCAGUGUUGUCAUCAUCUGCCUCAUCACCAUGUUCUUCACCAUGCUGGCGCUCAUGGCGUCUCUCUACGUCCACAUGUUCCUGAUGGCCCGCUUCCACAUCAAGCGCAUCGCGGUCCUCCCCGGCACUGGCGCCAUCCGUCAAGGGGCCAACAUGAAGGGGGCCAUCACCCUGACCAUCCUGAUCGGCGUCUUUGUGGUCUGCUGGGCUCCGUUCUUCCUGCACCUGAUAUUCUACAUCUCCUGCCCCCAGAACCCCUACUGUGUGUGCUUCAUGUCUCACUUCAACUUGUACCUCAUCCUGAUCAUGUGUAACUCCAUCAUCGACCCUCUCAUUUAUGCCCUCCGGAGUCAGGAGCUGAGGAAAACGUUCAAGGAGAUCAUCUGUUGCUAUUCUCUGGGAGACCUUUGUGAUCUGUCUAGCAGGUACUGAAGGAGAGCAGAGAACAUGCCAGGAACAUGCACCAGGGACUUUGCCACUCCACCGCCACUGGAGCAGGGCAGCUUCCCCAACAGCUUCCUCCUCCCCUGCAGUGUGGACAAUGCCUAUUGCACAAAUGUCACUGUGGUUUGGGAUGUACCCUCAAUGCCUUGUCCUAUCCGUGUAUUAUCUUUAAUGUCAUGCUACUUUGUUUCUUUCUCUAUUUUUGUCUGUAAAAUGUGAUUCCGUAUUGUAGGUUAUAAGCACGAUGGGUUUAUUUUAAAAAAAAGAAGAAGAAAGUCCUUAUUAAAGCUUAACAGUGUCUCUUUUGAGUCAUAAGAAUGUAA